AUGGCUACAUGUUCUCAUUAUUGCUCAGACACUGCUGAAGAAGAAGUGAAAGCUAUUGAAGAAGCCAAGAAUAGUGGAAACCGUGCAGCAGGAAGAAAGUACGACAUGACCGGACAGACAGAGCAGGCUGGUGCCUCUCCAGCCGAGCAGCCAGAGGAGGCUGGUGCCUCUCCAGCCGAGCAGCCAGAGGAGGCUGGUGCCUCUCCAGCCGAGCAGCCAGAGGAGGCUGGUGCCUCUCCAGCCGAGCAGCCAGAGGAGGCUGGUGCCUCUCCAGCCGAGCAGCCAGAGGAGGUUGGUGCCUCUCCAGCCGAGCAGCCAGAGGAGGCUGGUGCCUCUCCAGCCGAGCAGCCAGAGGAGGCUGGUGCCUCUCCAGCCGAGCAGCCAGAGGAGGCUGGUGCCUCUCCAGCCGAGCAGCCAGAGGAGGCUGGUGCCUCUCCAGCCGAGCAGCCAGAGGAGGCUGGUGCCUCUCCAGCCGAGCAGCCAGAGGAGGCUGGUGCCUCUCCAGGCGAGCAGCCAGAGGAGGCUGGUGCCUCUCCAGCCGAGCAGCCAGAGGAGGCUGGUGCCUCUCCAGCCGAGCAGCCAGAGGAGGCUGUUGCCUCUCCAGCCGAGCAGCCAGAGGAGGCUGUUGCCUCUCCAGCCGAGCAGCCAGAGGAGGCUGUUGCCUCUCCAGCUGAGCAGCCAGAGGAGGCUGUUGCCUCUCCAGCCGAGCAGCCAGAGGAUGCUGGUGCCUCUCCAGUCGAGCAGCCAGAGGGGCUGGUGCCUCUCUGGCUGAGAGGUGUGGAUGGAUGUCCAUAG